AUGGAGCCCUAUGAGGACGAGAAUGCUAUGGUGGAAGAGCAUGAGAAGGAGCAGGAGCACACCCAGGAAAAGAUUGUAAAUGAAGAGUACAAGACAUGGAAGAAGAACGCGCCGUUCCUCUACGACAUGAUCCUCAGCACAGCCCUCGAAUGGCCUACCCUCACCACUCAGUGGCUGCCCGAUGUGCAAGCUGUUCCCGACAAGCCCUAUUCUACUCAUCGCCUCCUCAUCGGCACCCACACCGCUGGUGAUGCCCAAAACUACCUUCAGAUUGCGCACGUGCAGCUCCCCAAUGCCAAUGCCCCUAACCCGGAUGACUACGAUGAGGACAAGGGCGAGAUUGGUGGCUAUGGUGGGGGCUCCAAGAAGUCGCCAAUGGAAAUCAAGUUCAACAUUGUCCAGAAGAUAGAUCACCAGGGAGAGGUCAAUAAGGCACGCUAUCAACCACAGAACCCGAACAUCAUUGCGACCAUGUGUACGGACGGUCGGGUGAUGAUCUGGGAUCGCUCAAAGCACCCCAGUAUGCCUACGGGGACUGUAAACCCUCAGAUGGAGCUGCUGGGUCAUGAGGCGGAAGGCUUUGGUCUGAGCUGGAACCCCCAUGAAGCUGGCCACCUCGCAACUGGCAGUGAGGACAAGACAGUUCGACUUUGGGAUUUGACAACAUACACCAAGGGCAACAAGGCGUUGAAGCCUACCCGUACCUACACACACCACUCCUCGAUCGUUAACGACGUCCAACACCAUCCCCUCCAUUCUUCCCUCAUCGGCACUGUCUCCGACGAUAUUACACUACAGAUCAUCGAUGUGCGCAACGCUGACAGCACGCGCUCUGUCGCUUCUGUUGGGGGCGAGCACCGCGAUGCUAUCAACUCGAUCGCUUUCAACCCCGCUUCGGAGACGAUUCUGGCUACUGGGUCAGCCGAUAAGACUAUUGGGAUUUGGGAUUUGCGGAACCUGAAGGCUAAGCUGCACUCUUUGGAAGGCCACACCGACUCCGUGCAAUCCAUCGCAUGGCAUCCUUUCGAGGAGUCUGUGCUCGCUAGCUCCAGCUACGACCGCAAGAUCAUGUUCUGGGAUCUCAGCCGAGCGGGUGAGGAACAGACUCCAGAGGAUGCCCAGGAUGGACCACCAGAGCUCCUUUUCAUGCAUGGUGGGCACACCAACCGCAUCUCCGAUUUCAGCUGGAACCUUAACGACCCCUGGGUGCUUUGCUCGGCCGCCGAGGACAACCUUUUGCAGGUGUGGAAGGUCGCGGAUGCGAUUGUGGGCAAGGAUCUGGAUGACGUCCCGACAGAGGAGUUAGAGGCAUGA